AUGAAUUCACUUUCAAUAUUAAAUAAUAUUGAAGAUAAAGUUGUAGAGGCAAUUAAUACGGCAGCAUUAUCAUUGGAAUCAUUAUCAGCUUCUUUGGAUAUCGAAAAUACCAAUGAAAAUUUCUCAAAAUUUCAAACUCAAUCAGAUAAAUUUUAUAAUUUAGUGAAAAAAGAUAUUCAUAAAGGUUUAAUAGAUUUCAUUGAUUCAAUGACUGAUAUUGCACCAUUUGAUCAUUCAAGUUAUCUAAAGAAAUCAGAAUUAGAAGUCUCUCAUAAUUUCACUGAAAUCAUUCUAAGUCAUUUAGAAGAUUUAAAUAAUAUAGUUGAAAAUAAUCAAGAAAAACAAGAAAAAGAAAAACAAGAAAAAGAAAAAUUAGAAAAAGAAAAAUUAGAAAAAGAAAAACAACAAUCAAAUGAAAUGAAUAUUGAUUAA